CCUACUCGGGAAAAAGAUAAAUAAGCACUUGCCGAGCAUCUCUGCUUCAAGUCCCCAAACCAGAGCGAGGCUGAGAGGCAUCUGUCGCGGCGCAACAUCCCAACUAUCCAACCCACCGGGUCUCUGUCGGUUCAUCAUGGAGGCGCAGCGGUAUCCCAUCAGCAUCCGUGUAACUGGCGCAAUGCACAAGGAGAAGAGCAAAACCUACGUGACAUCCGUGCUUUGGUCAGACCAGACUGAUAUUGUGGUUUACAGGACGUUUCAGGAUUUCAAGAAAUUUCACAAACAAAUGAAGAAGUUGUUCCCACCCGCAAGUAAAAGGAACAAAUUCGACAGAACCAUCCCCAGAUUUCGAGACAAAAUGGUGAUCCGAGGCGGCCAGAGGAAUGAUCCCACAAAGUCACUAGAGCGCCUCAAGUUCUUGCAGAAAUAUUGUGAUGAACUUCUGAGCUGCGACCCGCGGGUCUCCCAGUCUGCAGAGUUCAUCCAGUUCUUCCAACCCACAGACCAGGACCUGCAGCCGGAGUUCACCAAGAACAGCAUCAUGAUCGUGCCAUCAGAACAUGAGGUCAGGGCCAAUGCUGGACAGGGCAGCGGUGGUAACGUGACCCAGCCGUUCAUCACAGAGACGUACAGAUGUGUGGCCACUUACGAGACCAAAGACACCAAGAACAAACCUUUCAAAGUGGCCAUGGAUGAAAAAGUAGACGUACUCAUCAAAGACAAAGCAGGGUGGUGGCUUGUGGAGAAUGAAGACAAGCGGAUGGCCUGGUUUCCUGCCCCCUACCUGGAGAAGCUAGAUGAUGAUGAUGAUGAUGAUGGGGAUGAAAAUGAAAUUGAUGAGACUUCUGAAAGAGGAAUGCUGUACACUGCUGUCAAGGGCUACAAAGCCACCAAAGAUGACGAGAUAACCGUGGCCAUCGGUACAGUGGUGGAAGUUCUGCAGAAGUCUGACAACGGCUGGUGGCUCAUCAGAAACAAUGGUAAAGGAGGUUACAUCCCCACUAUGUACCUGCAGCCCUAUGUCAACCCUCACAGCCGCAUGACAGCCCACCAUCAAGAUCGCUGCUCCUCCCCACAAUUCCUCUCCCCGAGCCUGGAACAGCAGUCCAACCGGCUCAGCCACUCACACGGAAACCUGCUGCAAAUUCCAACCGCCAAGUCUUCCAAAUCAUACAGCCAGCAGAGAUCACGCUCUCUAGAGAUCCAAGAUGAACAACCUCCUGCUCAGCCUGCAGGGAAAAACGCUGCCCCUGCUACAAACGUUGCCACCUCACCAACGACUGCAAAGUGCACCGCUCCGCCCACGAUCACGGUGGAGAUGGAAGAAGAAGAGGAGAAACGUGGCAUUAUCCUAAGAGCGCACAGCGAGGGAAGCGACAGCAGCGAUGACCUCAAUUCUUCCUGGGCGAGCUCCUCGUCCUUCAACCUGAGCCAGAGUUACAACGAGGAGCAGCUGCGUAACAGCCGCACGCCUCCUACCAUGGAGAGCAACCGUCUUAACCCGACAAUCGGCCCACGUGGGAAAAUAAUGACUCCCAGUGUCUCUGAUCCCAAUCUCUACAAGGGCCCGACAACACCCAAGGUGCCACCCAGACCGCGGGUCCAGGAGAUCCUCACCCGGUGUACCAAGGUCACCCGCAAGAAUGCAAACAAAGGCCGCCUGUUACACACACACACACAGAUAAGUCAAUGAAGUUUCUCUUGAGGUUAGCUUUAUUUAUUUAAGUUGCAGAGUAGUUUAGUUAUAAUGAAGUGAUUAAGAGGAUGUGUCGCACCAGAUGCAAUAAUGUUGUUGUGCCAGCCCUUUUUUUUUUUUGUCCUGUCAAUGUUGUUUUCAUAAUCUUUGAAGAGAGAUUGUCAAUAAGUAUGCAGAUGUAUGCAAAUGUACAAUGGCCUUCAG